AACUUUCUGUAAUUAAUCGUCUUUGCUGUACUUGAUGUGAAACUCUGAUGACUGUAAUAACAACUGGUCCGUGUAUAAUUGUAUCGACAAAAUUUAGUGGAUGUUUCCUGCGAGUCAAUUCAGGGAUGUGUUUCAAGAGAAUCAGUUAAUAUGGAACAUAAGUGAUAUGCAGCAUAGCACAGAAAGAUGAUUCUAGUUAGUUCUUUAUCAAUAAACGCGACCAAAACAAAAGCAAAUAAGACGAAACUAAUUUUUAAAGUUUUUAAAGCGACACAGUAAAAUUCUAACACAGACUCAUCCAAAUUCUAUGCUGCAGAUUUAGAGAAAAUAUAAAUAAUAUUUAUAUUUAAAAUCGUUGCUGCAGAAGAAGGUUUUAGGUGAAGUUAAAGAACCUCAUAACUGGCUUUCGUAGUUUUUCAUCAUCAUUUUAUCACUGUGUGUGUCCCAAAUGAUGCAUCAAAUGCCGGAGAUGUACCAAAGAUGUACAAUUUACUGUGGAUGUACAUGGACUACUAAUGCAAUACGGUAGUGCGAAAAAUGAUUCAGUGCUCUACGGACGGAAAAGCUACGGAACAUGGAUCAGGAAGACCGACAAGUUAAGAAGAAGAACCCAAGAGAAGGUGCCUCGUUCCUUUCCAUCAUCACAUUUUGCUUUACAUUUCCGAUAUUACGUAAAGGAUGGAAGAAAGAUAUAUCUGAAGCGGAUAUCUACAAAGUACUUCCCAAAUACAAGUCCGAAGAUUUAGGAGACAAACUCGAAUCCCAAUGGGUAAAAGACACAAAAAUCAAGCAAAAACCGUCGAUAACGAAGUGUUUGGUGAAAUGUUACAUAAAGUAUUACAUGUUUUUGGGAGUUGUACAGUUGUGUAUGAAAACUGCAUUUGUGUUACUCCAACCCAGGGCUGUCUCAAAGUUUAUCGCCUACUUCAGCCCAGCUCAGACGUCGAUCUCUAAAGCCGAUGUAUACGGAUACGCUUUUAUGGUGAUAGGCAUCAAUCUCAUAAAUUGCAUCUACAAUCAUAAUUUUCAACAAUGGGUCGCUGAAUACUCAUUAACAAUCAGAACGUCUCUAUGUUCUUUGGUCUACAGGAAAGCCUUAAAAUUGAGUCCGACUGCAUUUUCCGAACCCGCCAUGGGCAAAGUGGUGACGAUGAUCACAAAGGACGUGUUCUCUAUAGAUGGCGCGCUACCCUUUUUGAACGACAUGUGGAUAGGUUUGAUCCAAACCAUCGUUGUGACGUUCGUUUUAUACAGAAAGAUCGGGAGUUCGGUAUUUGUGGGUAUCGGAUUCUUCUUGCUUGUUAUACCGAUUCAAACUUUUUGUGCAAGAAAAGGUGCACUGAAUCGUUUAAAAGCUGCCAAGAAAACUGAAGAGAGGAUUCAACUGGUGCAAGAAACAUUGAGUGCUAUAAAAAUUAUCAAAAUGUAUACGUGGGAGAAGUAUUUCGAAAAACUCAUCAACGCCGCGAGAAUAAAGGAAACGUCAAGGCUCAGAAUCAUCUACUACUUAAAAGCGCUCAUUCUAACCCUGGGAGGCUUAACCAUGAAGGUUGCCGUUUAUCUAGUCAUUAUCACAUACACUCUGACCGGUUAUCAAGCAACAGCCGAAAUGAUAUUUUUUAUUCAACAAUCAUUCGUCGUGCUGAAAUCCUGUAUCACGACGUCCAUACCGAUGGGCGUGAGUCAUAGUGCCGAAUUAGUUGCUUCGCUGAAACGAAUUCAGGCUUAUUUAACUGCCGAUGAGUUCGUCCCGAAGGAUAACUCCAAGUCGGUAGCAACGCAUCCGAGAAUUUACUUGAACAAGGUGUCGAUGCACAUCAAAGAUAAAGAAAUUCUUAAAUCUGUAUCGUUGGAUAUAGAAAAGGGACUGCUAAUUGUAUCGGGUAACGUCGGAAGUGGGAAAAGUUCCCUUUUACAAACCAUCAUCAAUGAAUACCCUAUCUCUGGCGGCGAGCUAAUCGUCAAGGGAACGAUUUCUUACGCUCCGGAAGAACCAUGGUUGUUUCCGUCCACCAUUAAACAAAACAUCCUAUUCGGACAGCCGUACAACGAGCAACGAUACUACGAAGUGCUAAAAGCUUGCGCACUAACUUACGAUAUAAAUCAGUUUGAAAAAGUCGACAAUACUGUAAUCGGAGAUAAAGGAAUCAACCUGAGUAGAGGUCAGCAAGCUAGAAUAAGCUUGGCUAGAGCCGUGUACAAGGACAGCGAUAUUUACUUGCUAGAUGACUGUCUGUCGGCCCUAGAUGGCGAAGUCAAUAAACACGUGUUUCGAGAGUGCAUAAGACAUUUUCUAAAAGACAAGAUCUGUAUUUUGGUGACCAACAACAUAAACAAUAUCAAGUACGUUCCCAAUAGCAAUUUACUUUACAUGGAGAAUGGAAUGACGCUAGACUUGGUGCAGCAAAAGGAAUCUUUGGAUAAAAGGAUCACCUAUUACAUUGACGAAGACGGUAAUUAUCCAAUCGAAGACAGCGACGUUGAAGCGGAAACUAACGUUGAUGAAGACGCGACCGAAAGCGAUCAGUUGUUGAGGCAACGAAACUCUGAGCCAAAUAGAAAUAUGUACCACGAAGAAGCGAAAACCGGAAAGGUGUUGUUGAAGAAUUACGUGUCCUAUUACAAGUACGCUGGCGGUAUUUUGGUUUUACUGUUUAUGAUAAUACUAUUCGUGACGUGCCAAAUUACAGUCUCCUAUGCAGAUAAGCUCGUCAGCGUUUGGGUGAAUGUCGAAGCAAAGCUGACAAAAUUCCAAAUAAAAAACCAAACCGAUUCGGACGAAUACGCCAGUACCGUACUAAAAAGGGAUCGAAUGCUGAACCUGUAUACUAUAAUGAUUAUUGUGAGUACCGGAUUAAGCCUCGUAAGGGCGUUCUCGAAUUUUUAUUUUUGCACCAAAGCGGGAAGAAACCUCCACAGGGUACUAGUAGAGGGCGUUGUAAACGCUUACAUGUCGUUCUUCGACAAUCACUUUAUCGGUAACGUGGUAAACAGGGUAGCGAAAGAUAUGCACACGAUCGACGAAGCCGUCCCAUUUGUUAUCUACGAAAAUCUGAGGUCGUUCUUCCUCAUUAUCGCCACCAUGGUGCUGAUCGUAUCGGUCAAUCUAAUAUUUCUGGUCCCGGCUGCUUUUCUUUUUUUGAUACUAUACGUAAUUCAACGAUUUUACAUGCCAACGGGUAGAAGCAUCAAGAGAUUGGAGGCAGCGACAAGGAGUCCAAUGGUUGGAUAUGUCAACGCAUCACUGGAAGGGAUCACCACGGUGAGAGCAUGCGAACAAGAGAAACUGCUUAAAUACGAAUUCGACAGACACCAGGAUGUAUACACGUCCGUAUUUUACAUGAACAUAACCACAGUCAGAUGGUUCGCAUUCGUGUUGGACCUUUCCUGUACGGCGUUCAUCGCCGUAGUCGUUCUGAAGUUUGCAAUAUUUUCAGAGGGAACUUUGGGAGGAGACGUAGGACUAGCAGUUACCCAAGCGAUGAUCCUAACCGGCCUUUUACAGUGGUCCAUUCGCCAAGCAGCGGAAAUGGAAAAUACCAUGACAUCAGUGGAAAGGAUUCUCGAAUACGCGGAAACAGAUACCGAAAAAAAAACGGGACAGGUAUUCACCGACUGGCCCCGGAACGGUAGUAUUAAAUAUAAAAACGUCCGACUUUCAUAUAAAACAACUGGGGAGGUAGCUCUAAAAGACAUAACUUUCGAAAUUCAAGGAGGAAGCAAGAUCGGUAUAGUGGGUCGCACCGGCGCAGGAAAAUCGUCCAUCAUUUCGACGCUGUUUAGGUUGUAUGAUUUCGAGGGUCAUAUAUUUAUCGACGGGGAAGACAUUAAAAGUCUGGACUUGGAAUUUUUGCGCUCCAAGAUCGGAAUUAUUCCCCAAGAUCCCAUUCUCUUUUCCGGAACGAUCAGAACUAACAUCGAUCCAUUGAACAAGUACACGGAUUCGGAAAUUUGGCUGGCAAUUGAAAAAGUCCAACUGAAAAAUCUAGUAACUGGGCUGGAUCAACCAGUAACCAACGGUGGCCAAAGUUAUAGUUCAGGUCAAAGGCAGCUGUUGUGUUUGGCAAGAGCCUUGAUCAGCAAUAACAAAAUCGUCGUUUUGGAUGAAGCUACGGCCAAUAUGGACCCGCAAACUGACGCGUCGUUGCAAAAAACGAUCAAGGAAUGUUUCGCGCAGUGUACCGUGUUAACCAUAGCGCAUAGACUAAACACUUUUAUACAAGCCGAUAAGGUGUUGGUAGUCGACGGUGGCAGGAUCGUCGAAUUUGACGAACCUACCGUUCUUCUUGGAAAUAGAGACGGUGCCUUCUACAGAAUGAUGAAAGAAGUAGGGACUGUUAACUUUUUGUAAAUUAACUUUAUUUUUUUACGCUUCUUUGUAGAGAGGAAUUAUAUUAUAUAUUUGAAACGUGUUUCUUCUUUUUACGCAAGGUGAUCUGCAGCAUGUUUCUUAUUUAAAAUUCUAUAAAACUUCAGAAUGACCUUAUAGCAGUCACAUACUUUAAAUUUUACUUGAUCUCUUUUGCUCCCCUAAGUUGCAAAAUUAACAGUCCAUGUAAACUCGGUAUUUUAAAGAAAAUUAGAAAACAUCUCAAAAAUUUAUGUUUUCAUUAAUGUUUCCUUUCCAUCAGGCAGGGGGAUACUAUCUCUCCCAAAUUAUUUGCGACAGUGCUGGAAUAUGCUUUUAAGGAACUGGAUUGGGAUAAAAGGGAUACAUAUUAAAGGCAAAUACCUGAGUCAUUUGCGAUUUGCCGAUGAUUGAUGACACAGCCGAAAGUUUAAAUGAAGAAUCGAAAUGACGAAACAACUAAAACCAGUAAUAGAAAAAAAUGACGACCAAUAUAUACACGAUCAAAAAACGGUGCCUUUUUCUAUCGUCUGGGUAGCUUGUUUGAAU